AAUGAUCUAGGACCAGUAAUGAUGCGGAUGUUUGUGGUGCUCUCUGUUGUUUCGGCUGUGAUGAUGACAGGGUAUGGGGCCCUACAUCAUCCGUGGACUGCGAAAGAGUGUGAGGAGAUCGGCAAACCUCACCUGGUUAAGAAAUGCAACGGAAAACACGUUUUCACGUAUUAUUUUGACGGUAGAGGAUGUGUUGAAACGGAAGAAGGCACAUGUUUACAUGGAAAAAAUAAAUUUCACACGGAAGAAAAAUGUAAAAAGGUGACUGUACAUUGUGAAAAGAAAGCUGAAGGUGGAAAAGAAAAAGAUGCAGACAAUGUUGACAAACCAGCCGACAAACCAGCCGACAAAACAGCCGACAAACCAGCUGACAAACCGGCCGAUAAACCAGAAGACAAACCAGUCGACAAACCAAGCGACAAACCAGCCGACGAACCGGCCGACAAACCAGAAGACAAACCAGUCGACAAACCAAGCGACAAACCAGCCGACGACAAACCAGAAGACAAACCAGACGACACACCAAUCGCUGCUCCAGCCGAAACCCAUGUAGAUGCAGGGGAUAAUUAAGCAGUCGAUCAAAACGAUGAUACACCUGCGAAUUAAAACCAUAAGGGAGGCGAAAAAUAAUACAGACCUCUUAACAUCUAAUAAACAUACAAAUCAAUUAAUGAAAUUUAACGACAUAUUGCAUGGAGCUGGAUUAUUCUUUUUUAUAUCUAAAAUAGAACAAAAGUACUUCAAAUCAUUCCUAUGACCAUAAUAAUAAGGAUUAAGAACUAUAUUGUUAUAAACCUUUCUGAAUUUCGUGCAGCUUAAGUUUGUAUCAGAAUUUAUGUCUGUGCAGUUAUCUGUAGGACACAAGAUCGUCACGGUCUAUUCCAAUAUGAUUCAAAGCUAUGAACCUAGUGUUUUCAGAUGAUCAAGUAAAAAUAUUAAUAAGCUUUAUACCAGGUGUUGAACAGAGAUUAAAAUCAAACCGUGUAUUUAUGCAUCGUAUUUUCCUCAAAUGUUCGAAUAAAAACGUAUA